AUGGUGAUCAGCUUCAGUACAAAGCUAACAUGGACCUUUGCUCUGCUUCUUGUCCUGGUCAUGAUGAUUCAAGUCCGAGCACAGCCUCCUCCAGGGUUCAUAAACAUCGACUGUGGAUGGAGAAACAGUAGCGGCUAUGUCGACAACGCCUUAGUAAUGCCAUACAGCUCUGAUGGUGAUUAUGUUGAGGGCGGCCUGAACCACGAGAUUUUACCAGAGUACAUGGCUGAUGCAGGCAAUGACCAGCAAAAAACCCUGAGGAGCUUCCCUGACGGCCCAAGGAAUUGCUACACACUGCCAUCCAACAGCAGCAAGAAGUAUCUAUUGAGGGCCACAUUUACUUACGGAAACUAUGAUAAGUUGAACAAGACUCUGGAUGGGUCGCUGUUUCUGUUUGGGCUCCAUAUCGGUGUCAAUUUCUGGGAGGCGGUGAACUUGUCAAAUUGGGAUCCAUCAUCCACGGUAUGGAAGGAGGUGAUCACCAUUGCUCCGAGCAACUUCGUGUCUGUCUGCCUGAUAAACUUCGGUUCAGGGACUCCCUUCAUAUCUUCAUUGGAGCUGAGGCCACUACAAGAUACGAUGUACCCUUUUGUCAAUACUUCUGUGUCCGUCAGCUACUUUCAACGGUACAGAUUUGGCAACGUGGCUGACUUUAUCACAAGAUAUCCAACGGACAACUACGACCGCUUCUGGCAGAGCUGGAGCUACACGACAUACCCCUGGAUCAACCUGAACACUAGCAGGACAGUGCAGAGCCUCCCUGGCAAUGACGAUUUCAACGUUCCGUUGGCCAUCAUGCAGAAAGCCUCAACCCUAGACACGAACUACUCCUUCAUGGCCAUUGACGUGGCACAGGGUCCUAAUCUAGAUGCCAAGAGCCUACAGCUUCUCCCGAUCUUUCACUUCGCCGAGAUCAACGGAAGCAACCCGAACAGGAGGUUUGACAUCUACAGCGCCCAAGAUAUGUUGUUUCGAGACUUCUCCCCGUCGCGAUUCCAGGUGGACAGCAUGUACAAGGGUGGGCAGUUCCUGAAAAAUACUUACGCGUACUUCUCCUUGAAUAAGACGGCCAGGUCGCGUCUUCCGCCGCUCAUCAACGCGUUGGAGGUGUACUCGCUUGUUCGAAUGGAGAAUCUCACCACUGACUCCGACGAUGUCAAUUACAUGAAAGAAGUCAAGGCGCACUACAAUUUGGCACGAACAAGCUGGAAAGGAGAUCCAUGCUCCCCAAGAGAGUAUUCCUGGGAAGGUUUGACGUGCGACCACUCUAAGAGCAACCAGAAUCCGAGGAUUGUCAUGAUAAAUUUGUCUACCAGUGGACUCGGAGGUGGAUUUGCCAUAUCAUUCAUGAACAUGACAUCACUAGAGAACUUGGAUUUGUCACACAACAAUUUGACGGGAGCUAUUCCAGACUAUCAACUAAAAUCACUUAAAGUUCUGAACUUGUCAAAUAACAAGCUACAUGGACCAAUCCCUGAUUCUAUUCUUCAAAGAGUUCAAGCCGGUCUGCUGGAAUUAAGAUUAGAAGGCAAUCCUGUAUGCUCAAACGUCAAAGAUACGUACUGUUCAUACAAGAAUGAGAAGAAGAAGAAGAACACCACACAUAUCUUGAUCAUCGCGGUGAUAGUUCCUGUGGUACUGAUAUCCCUCCUAGUAGGAAUGUGCAUACUCUGGAAAUUAUGCUGGAAAGGGAAGUGGGGAGACAAUGAGGAUUAUGCACUGUAUGAAGAGAAAACUCCCCUACAUAUUGACAUCAGACGGUUCACGUACGCAGAGCUGAAGCACAUAACAAAUGACUUCAAAACAAUUGUUGGAAAAGGAGGUUUCGGUAUUGUUUAUCAUGGCAUACUGGACAAUCAUGAUGAAGUGGCAGUUAAAGUGCUUAUGGAGACAUCAAUAGCAGAGUCAACUGACUUCCUCCCUGAGGUGCAAACCUUGUCCAAAGUUCAUCACAAGAAUCUUGUGACUUUAAAAGGAUAUUGCCAAAACAAGAAGUGCUUGGCACUUGUUUAUGACUUCAUGCCAAGAGGAAAUCUUCAACAACUUCUAAGAGGAGGAGAUGACUAUAGUUUGAAUUGGGAACAACGACUUCAUAUUGCAGUUGAUGCCGCACAAGGACUGGAGUAUUUACAUGAGUUAUGCACCCCAUCAAUAGUGCACAGAGAUGUGAAGACCCCCAAUAUCCUUCUGGACAAGAAUCUAGUGGGGAUAAUAUCUGAUUUUGGGCUUUCACGGGCUUUUGAUGAUGCUCACACACACAUAUCUACUGUUGCUGCCGGCACUCUUGGCUACCUCGACCCUGAGUACCAUGCAACUUUCCAACUCACUGUCAAGACAGACGUUUACAGUUUUGGCAUCGUGCUCUUGGAGAUCAUCACUGGCCAGCCCCCAGUACUCCUGGACCCUCAAAGCAUCCACCUACCAAAUUGGGUGCGCCAAAAGAUAGCUAAGGGAAGCAUUCACGAUGUUGUAGACAAGAGGCUGUUGGAUCAGUACGAUGCCAAAUCCCUGGAGAGUGUGGUAGACAUUGCCAUGAACUGUGUCGAAAAGGUAUCCAUCGACAGGCCGACCAUGACUGAGGUUGUUUCAUGGCUCAAAGUGUGGCUGCCAGCGGUUUCAGGCGACAAGCUGUCUGCUUCUGGGACCCCUCGUAAGUACUCCAUGGACACUGAAAUUCCAAAGAAGUUACUGUCGAUGGUUUCUGGUGUAAGCGACGAGGGGAGCUCCUUCCAGUCUGGUUAUGGUGGUGGGCUGACAGAAAUAAGCAGGUUUUCUGGACGGUGA